AUGGAAACAAAAUACAAGCUUUUUGUUUCGACCUUCAAUUGUGGGAAGUGCCUUCAUUUUGAGCAAACGUCUGAGAUUGACUCAAUUUUGUCCCAUAUCAUCCCAAAAGACCACGUUCAUGAUAUAUAUGCCUUAGGAUUUCAAGAGCUAGUACCUCUGUGGCAGGGGUCUUUUCCCGACGAAGUCCAUGCACAACUCCAAAGCCUGUCCAGCCGCGUUUUGAAUCUCAUUAAUAGUCUCAAUCCACGCCGUAGUUUCAGACUUGUUGGCUUAAAUAGCGUCGGGGCUAUAGGCCUUUUGCUGUUUGCUGACACCACUUAUGAAGUCACUAGCAUUUUGAAGGCAUCUGCGAGGUGCGGGGCUCUUUGUUCAAGUCUCAAAGGUGCUACUGCCAUCAAGUUCAACUUGUCACGCCCGUCAUCAUCUGCUACUGACUCUUUUAUAUUUAUUGCUGCUCACUUCGCUGCGAAUGAAGGCGAACUCCAAAGGCAGAGAAGAGAAGGGGACUACAAUAACAUAGUUGGAACUCUACAACAGGAACUGGGAUGUUUUGAAGGAAAUCAUGUUCUAUUUUGCGGCGAUUUUAACUUCCGGUCCCGGAAGUGGGCCAGUACACCUGCGGACUUUAACAACUUGGAGCUUUUGCAGGCAGCGGUUGGUGUUCAUGAUGAACUGAGUCUUAGCAGGAAAGCGGAAAGAGUCUUUCAAAAUUUCGAAGAAGCCCCCAUUACAUUUGCGCCCACUUACAAGUUCAAACUAUCAGUUCCCGACCCAGAGUAUAAUCUUCGAAGAAUUCCUUCCUGGUGUGAUAGAAUUCUUUUUCAAAAUUAUGGUUCACCGGUCAAAAUACUAAGCUACGCCGCUUGCAAGAGGGAAGCCGUGCUACAGUUCACCGAUCACUUGCCAGUAGUUUUACAACUUGAAGUUCCGCACCUGUCUCCUCGUUCUCCAACACGGUCUAAGGCUCUAUCUAGUCAAAGCCGGAGCUACAAACUUAUGGGUGAUGUCGCAGAUUUUCUCAUCGGCUAUGGAGGAUGGGCUUAUGUCUUUCAUGGACACUGGCUGUUGGCUGUGAGUUUGGUGCUCGGAUUAUUGGUGAUGUUCCAUUUAUUCACGUGA